AUGGCAAGUUUGAAGUUGUUCGUUUCUCUUUCCCUCAUUGUCGCUAUCAUCACCUUCCCUCACCCAUCCAGCGCACAAACUUGUAAUCCCUCAGGGACUCUGGUUUGCAAAGGGAAGUCAUACCCUAAAUAUACAUGUUCACCGCCUGUAACAUCAUCCACCAAAGCCCUGCUCACACACAACGAUUUCAGCGAAGGCGGUGAUGGGGGAGGACCGUCAUACUGUACCGGAAAAUAUCAUUCAAAUAGUGAGCGGGUUGUGGCACUUUCGACUGGAUGGUUUGAUAAUAAAAAGAGAUGUGGGAAGAUGAUAAAAAUCACAGCAAGUAACGGAAAGACUACGACCGCGAAAGUGGUGGACGAAUGUGAUUCUCGUGCUGGAUGUGAUAAGGAGCAUGCCGGUCAGCCACCGUGUAGGAACAACAUCGUAGAUGGGUCUGCGGCUGUGUGGAAGGCUUUGGGACUCAAUCAAGAUCUGGGUGUUGUCCCGGUGACUUGGUCCAUGGCAUAG